AUGGAUGAUCCACGAUUUAAUGACAUAUUUAAUGAAGAUUUCGAUGGUAAUUAUGAUAAUGUAAUGAACCGCAUUGUAGACCAAAUUAAUUAUCCUAGUUGUGAAGGUAGUGGUGCUUCAGUUGAUGGUACCGGAGAUGAUAGUAAUGGAAACGACUCCGACGAUAGUAAUGACGAUGAUGAUGACGACGACGUUGACGAUGAUAGUGAUGGUGACGAAGCAUUUAUUAUAAGGAGGCAUUUUGAUAGGAAAAAGUUAAUUAUAUGCACAGCUGGAGCUAUAAACACGUAUUAUAUUAAUUAUAUGUAUAAAGAACCAUGUAUGGUUUCCUAUAACACAGGGAUGCGUUGGUUGUCGGAGGUUUUAAGAGGUCAUUGGAAACGAAGUGUUAACAUGUUCAGGAUGGACGCAACCACUUUGUUGAGUUUGUGCACCGAAUUAGAAACGCACCAUGGCUUAAAACCGUCAAGAAGAAUGAGCGUUAUUGAAAAGGUGGCAAUGUUUCUAUUUACAAUAGCAGUUGAGGCGUCAAAUAGACAAGUGCGGGAAAGAUUCCAGCAUUCAGGUGAAACUAUUAGUAGAUGUUUUAAAGAAGUGCUUAAAUCAUUACGUUUGUUUGUUGUGGAAGUCAUAAAACCAGUAGAUCCACAAUUUACGAGCACACCAAGAGAAAUUGCUAUGAAUCCAAGAUUUAUGCCACAUUUCAAGAAUUGUGUCGGUGCAAUUGAUGGAACACAUGUUCGUGCCUGCAUACCAUCUGCAAAUCAAAUUCCAUUUAUUGGACGAAAAGGUGUACCAACACAAAAUGUCAUGGCUGCUUGUAGUUUUGACAUGCAAUUCAUGUUCGUGUGGGCAGGAUGGGAAGGCAGUGCACACGAUACGCAUAUUUUUCUUGAGGCUAUUGACAGUAGCAAUAUCAAAUUUCCAAAACCUCCGAAAGACAAAUACUAUUUGGUUGAUGCUGGAUAUCCAAACGAGUAUGGGUAUUUGGGUCCCUAUAAAGGCGAGAGGUAUCACUUCCAAGAAUUUAGGCGUCGUGGACAACCAAGUGGUCGGAAAGAAGUGUUUAAUCGUGCACACUCGUCACUACGUAACGUGAUCGAACGUUCUUUUGGGGUAUGGAAACAGAGGUGGAAAAUUUUGCAAAACAUGCCUGCUUAUCCAUACAAGACACAAGUUGAGAUUGUAGUUACAUCAAUGGCACUACAUAACUAUAUUAGAAGGAGUUCGCAAGAUGAUGCAGUUUUUUCCGAGUAUGAUCACAACCCCAAUUUAAUUCCAGAUGACUUUUUACCUGAUAUUGUUCAGGCUUCGGUCGUUCAAGGCUCACAGAGGCCUUCACGUAUGGAUUUUGUACGCGAUGGAAUUGCAAAUAGUUUAAUGAAACAAUAA